GCCACUAGCAUCCUCGAGGAUUGCCUCCACAACAUCAUCCACGACAUCGUCCUCUCCACCCACCGCUCCGAGAAGAUCCUCCGCAUGAACUCCGCCGCCGUCCAAGCCAUCAAUCACGCUCAAGCCACCGCCGCCAACGACGCCCCCUCCGCCAAGAACAGCGCCCUCACCCAAGGCCAACCCCCCCAAGUCCGCGUGGAGACCGACGGCGCCGUCUACGAGAACGGCAAGGUCACCCUCAAAGACAACCCCCUCAAAACCACCCCCGACAUCUACUGCCCGCAAUGCCGCCAACCCCGCCUCCAAUACCCCCUUCUGGGCCACAACUCCCGCACCCCCGACCUCUCCGCCUCCUUCUGCUCCCUCCACCCCUUUAUCAAUAUGCCCGGCCACGACGUCUACGGCAACCCCUUCCCCACCGACCCGGCCCGCACCAAGAAGGAGCGCGAGCUCCUCAAGCAACAGGCCCGCGCCGAGAAGGAUGGCACACCCGGCAGCCAGAACACUGAGACCGGCCAACACACCCCGGACGAAAAAGAUCCCCACGGCCCUAACGGCAACGGCGCCGCCGCCAUCACCGCAGCCGCCAUCCAGAAAAUCGGCGCCGGCAGCGGGAAACCCGCCCACUACAUCCCCUGGCACACCUGCCCGAACUGCAAACGCAGCUUGCUGAUCACCCGGUUCGCCCAACACCUCGACAAGUGUCUGGGCAUCGGAGGCCGCGCGUCGAGCCGCAACGCGAUGGCGCGGAUGAGCGGCGCCGCGGGCACGGGGUCCAGCACGCCGCUCGGGGCGAGCAGCCGGACGGGCAGCCCGGCGCCGAAGCGGGGUGGCGACGACGACGAGGAAGAGGUGCGCGGGCCGAAGAAGAAGCGG